CUGUGUUUGCGCGUAUUGGAGGGCGGUGAAAGAAAUUAAGAGAUCGGAACGAGAGUUUCAUGUUGAAUUUUCGAUCUCGGUGGAUGUACAAAUUGAGUACCGUCUUCAAUUUAUUUUUCAAUUAAAUAGCAAAAGAAUAAAAAUUCACGUUUCCCUUGCAGUAGAAUAAUAAAUCUUCGUGAUAAACAAAUUUUGCCACGUUGAAAAAGCAAUAUGUUGUGAAAAAUAAAUGUCUCUAAAAAAUAUACCUUGUGCUUGAUAUUUUCAAUUAAACGUGUGGAGUAAUUAUUCUUAUGUAAUAUGUACAGGAAUAUAAAAAUGUGUGAGCGAUAGCAAAUAUAAAAUUAUAAGAUGGCCUUAGGAGCAGUUAUCAUGGGAACAUUAUUGAGUGAGGAGCGAGACGUUGUGGUUUUAACAAGUUCACUGGAAAGUGCCGGAGAAUUAUAUGUUCAUGUUCCCACUGACACGUAAUCAAAAAUAUAUUCGUGCUUCUUAAAGCUCCAAAAUGUGCUUCUUAUGGUGUGCAAAAGACUUUUUUCUGGCAAUCAAGUGCUUGUGAAUUUUCUUAUUCCUUUUUUGGAGCUUCUCUAACUGUGCUUUACGAUUUUUUGUGUUAAAUAAAAAUGGGAUGAAAGGUCUUAAGACUGAGGAAUAGAAAAAAAAUUACGAAUCGGAAUGGAUUUCAACGAUAAAAUGUUUAAUUUCGGAGGAGGGGAAUGGCCAUCAAGCCCAGAUGACUUUUUGGAGUCCCUUUUCUCCAUGGAUGACAAUCUCAUCCCAAAUCUGGAUGACGACGAGCAAAUUAAGCAGAUCACAUCGAGCCUCAUGGAAGGUGAUGAUCGCGUGUCAUCGUACUCAGAUGAGCCAGAUUUCCCGGGAUUUGAUUUAAAACAUGAUGAUGAGAAUGGUCUACUGUCCCUCUCAAGUGCUGCUUCAGACAGUGGCCUCUCGAGUGAUCAUUUGGACUUAGAAAUGAGUCCAGAAUACGAACCUCUGAGUCCAGUUGUGUCAUCCCCUGGACCCUCUAUAAGUGAGCGCGGUGGUCAGAACUCACCUAUGCAGCAGAGUUUACGUGUCGUACGAAAGGAUACGGCACAGAGCAUUAAAAGGUGUCGAUCAACAGAGGAUAAAGUACCACAGAAUGUGGUGGAAGAGAAAAAGAAGAAACUUGAUGCAGUUCCCAAGGAAAUGAAAUUGUAUAAAAUGACACCGAUUAAUGGAAAUAAUUGGAACAUCUUGGGAAAUCAAUCAACAAAUGGAGCUCCAAGAAAGAAAGUUACUAUCCAGCUACAAAAAUCCCAAAUUAUCAAAUCACCCGUAAUUAUUAAUAAGGAUGACAUUGUUAAUGCUGGAAAAUUGAAGAAGUUGGUUACCAUUCAGAGAAACGCGGGAAAUGGAAAAUCCAUCCUCCUGCCGGUUUCCCUGCAAAAUGUGAAAGAUGUAAAAACGAUAAAAAUUAUAAAUCCCAAUGGGAAUAAAACAAAUCAUCCAUUAAUUAUAAAACAAGCUGCUGCAAAUUUACUGCAACAAUCAAAACAGGGAUUUGUACCGAACAAUGUUAUGGUGUCGAAGGAACAACUACUUGAAGAUUCAAUGUCAGAUCACACGUCUGACGGUGAGAGUGUAACAUGGGAUGAAAUUCUCUACAAACCCCUUAUUUCAUCAAAUACUGUUGUCAAGGAGGAAGUAGACACGAUGGAAGAUGAAGAUCAAGAAACUUUCAGAGAAUCAACUGUUGCUGGGAAUAAAUUGAUAUUAACAUUCGAAGAGAAGCGUCUCCUAGCUAAAGAGGGUAUCACUUUGCCCAUAAAUUAUCCCCUGACAAAGCAUGAAGAACGUGAAUUGAAGAGGAUAAGGAGAAAAAUCAGAAAUAAGAUCUCCGCACAAGAUUCCCGUAAACGCAAGAAGGAAUAUGUUGAUGGAUUGGAAGAAAGAGUGAAACAGUGCACAGAGGAAAAUCACACCUUGAUGAAGCGAAUUAAGUUGCUUCAAAGCCAAAAUGCAAAUCUCACGAGUCAAAUGAAGAAACUGCAGGCAUUACUAUCGAAGGGCACAAAUACAGCCCAGCCCGCAACAUGUCUCAUGGUUCUCUUGCUCAGUAUGGCACUCAUUGCAGCACCGAAUCUGAAGUUGGGCAAAAGUAUCAAGGAAACAGAACUUGCUGAGGCUAUUCAGGAUAAUGUCAUUGAACAGAAUCGGAAUAGGAAUCUCCUCUUUGACAGCAAGGAUCAAUUUACAGGAGAUGCUUUAGUAGAUGAGGAUAUGAAUUUCGAUGAUCUAAUGACAUCCAAUGGUGCUAAUGUGCCACCAUUUGUAUUUGAUGAUGAUGCUAUGUCGCCUGCAUCGAAAAAGGCACGUUUCUUCGCGGAAUUGGAUUUGGAUGAUUCAACAUGGCAACCGCCUGGGGGACAGAAAUGCACUGAUUCAGGGCAAAAGGGCCCAAUUGAGGAUUUACUCAAUACAAAUCAUGCACCGAGUCCCUUAUCCAUGAUGUCUGGAUUCGAAAAAAUGUCACCAGAUCUCGAUAUAGCUGCUGUGCAGGAUAAAAUUGUCUUCAGUGACUUUAGUAAGGUGAACAAAUCCCAAUUGGCUAAUCAAUUGGGGCAGAAGAUGAUGGAACAAGAAGUUUGAGGGACAAAAAUGAAAGUAUUUUACAUACCCACAUGAUGUUUUAUUACACAUUACCUAUUUUGCAACAAAUUGUGCGAAUUUAUUCGACUCUAGGCAAGAAAAUAUUGUCCUGUAAAUUUUAUUCAAACUAGCAUUUAUGUAGAUUGACAAAAAACAGCACCAUAUAACAUUUUCCCAAAAUCUGCAUGAAUUUUGAUUAAAUUACCUUAUGAUACCUUUAGAUUUGUAAGAAGACAGAGUUAUUUAAUUUUCAAUGAAAAAUUGUACAUAGUGCUAAAUAUUUAUAUAAUGCAGUACAUAGUUUAAAGUUUUCUUAGCACUUUUUCGCGGACUAUGCAACCCCUAGGGGAGAGCUGCUCUGCGAAUUUGUUUGCUUUUUUUUACAAAGUAAAAAGAAAAUUAUUGAAUAUUAUCAUUUUGCAUAUUAUUUGAUUAAACAAAACACUACCAAUACGUUUUAUCAAUCACCAACUAUUUUAAAUGUUACAUUGUAUGUUUAAUUGCACUUAAUUCAUUUACUCACCGUGAGAGAUAGAAAAAAAAAUGUUUCAACUAUUUUUUUAGGACUAUGGUUUCUAAAACCUUCAAAUUAAUUUGUAUUCAUAUUUAUCGGAAAGGUACUACUGAACAACAAACUAUUCUAAUAAAUCAGCCAAUAAGAUGUGAAAAUUAUUUGAAUUAUAAAAAUUCUAUUAGGUGUUUUAUGCUAAAUAAUAAAGCAAAAUAUUAAUCUUA